AUGGCUAUGAUGAGUAGUUUUUGCCCUGCAGAUGACUGGGGCUCUCUUCAGUUUCUCAACCCAGAUAUGAAUAUGGUUAGCUUCCAAGCACAGCAAGAGCAGCUGGCAGCUGCUUCAGGCAUCUUGGGUCUGCAGGACUAUAGCUUACCUAACUUCCCAGACUACACUACUUGCAUUGAUCCACUCUUCGAAACCUACGAAUCCUCCUCCUCUGAAAACUUUCUCCUCCCCGAUUUCUAUUUGCCAACAGAAAACAUCAACUUAUCCUCCUUCCAAUCACCAGAAAUCUUCCCUAGCCUUGAUGAAUAUGGCUGCUCAUAUCAGCAGAACCCGAAACGCCAAAAGUUUGGCAUGUGCAGUUUUUUCAAUGCAUAUGAUGAUCAGUUUCUCCAGCCUCAACUUUUUGCUCCAACUCCAAGUCCUCAAACCCAGAUUCAGCAGCAGCCUUCCUAUGAAUGUGCUAAGAUGAACAAGCCCAAUGGUGGGGCAGUAACCCUGUCAGCGCAGAGCAUUGCGGCGAGGGAGAGGAGGAGGAGGAUAACAGAGAAGACUCAAGAGCUCGGAAGGCUCAUUCCUGGUGCCACCAAGAUGAACACUGCUGAAAUGUUGCAAGCUGCUUACAAGUAUGUCAAGUUCUUGCAGGCACAAGUUUCAGUUCUCAAGCUCAUGUCGGAUUCCCCAGUUCAUCAGGAAAAGAAGGAUCUGCAAGCUGUUGCAUCCCCAGUUGUUCAAGAGAAGCUCUACUCUGAGGAGAAGUGCUUGGUUUCGAAAGAAUUUGUUCAAGUCCUCGCAAAUGAUCACGACAUCGAAUCGAAACCCUUGCUCAAGGACUGUGUUGCUCGGUUGCUGCAAACCAAUGGCUGA